CGCACUUGAGGGUUUCUCAGCUCCAGGACUCCGACUACAGUGAGAGAGUUGUGUGUGUGUGUGUGUGUGUAAGAGAGAAUGGCCCCAAGGCCCUCUUCAGGUGAGUUAUGGGGUCUACACCUGAUGCCUCCCCGUAUUUUGGUGGAUUGCUGUUUACCCAACGGGAUGCUCGUCAGUUUGGAGUGUUUACGUGAAGCUCCGCUUACCAGCAUCAAACAGCAGCUCUUCACCGAGGCCCGUAAAUACCCCCUCUACCACCUCCUGCAGGAGGAGUCAUGUUACAUCUUUGUGGGCGUGACCCAAGAGGCAGAGAGGGAGGAGUUUUAUGAUGAAACACGGCGACUGUGUGACCUACGACUUUUCCAUCCUAUCCUAAAGGUCAUCGAACCGCUUGGCAACCGAGAAGAGAAGAUCCUUAACCGUGAGAUCGGCUUUGCUAUAGGCAUGCCGAUCUGUGAGUUUGAGCUGGUGAAGGACUCGGAGGUGCAGGACUUUAGGAGGAGCAUCCUGAGUGUGUGUAGGGAGGCGAUGGAUGAGCGUGAGGGAGGAGGUCCACACACACGCGCUCUGUACGUUUACCCCCCCAGCGUGGAGUCGUCGCCACAACUGCCACAACACAUCUACGCCAAACUCGACAAAGGACGUCUGAUCGUGACCAUCUGGGUGGUGGUGUCUCCUUCUAACGCCAAGCAGAAGUACACGCUGAAGAUCUCUCACGACUGCGUGCCGGAGCAGCUGAUCGCCGAGGCCAUCAGGAAGAAGUCUCGCAGCAUGCACCUGUCGGCCCAGCAGCUCCGCCUGUGUGUGCAGGAGUACCAGGGACAGUACAUCCUCAAGGUGUGCGGCUGUGACGAGUACCUGCUGGAGAAGUACCCGCUCAGCCAGUACAAGUAUAUCCGCAGUUGUAUCACUGUGGGAAAGUUGCCACACCUCAUGUUGGUCAGUAAGGACAGUGUGUACGAUCAGCUGCCCUGCAGUGGCUUCGUUACUCCAUCGUACAGCCGCCGCACGCCCCAGCCCAGCCCGAGCCCGGGAGGGGGCGACCCCGCCAACCCCCGCUCUCUCUGGACCUUCAACCCUCACACUCCACUCCGCAUACGGCUCAUCUGCGCCACCUACGUCAACGUCAACAUGCGGGACAUCGACAAGAUCUACGUGAGGACUGGUAUAUAUCAUGGAGGAGAACCUUUAUGUGACAAUGUCAACACACAGAGGGUUCCAUGUUCCAACCCCCGGUGGAACGAGUGGCUGAUGUAUGACAUCGCUCUGAUCGAUCUCCCGCGCGCUGCCCGUCUCUGUCUCUCCAUCUGCUCCGUCAAGGGUCGCAAGGGGGCUAAAGAGGAGCACUGUCUCCUGGCCUGGGGAAACGUGAACCUGUUUGACUAUAAGGACACGAUGGUCAGCGGGAAAGUGGCUCUGAGCCUCUGGCCUGUUCCACAUGGACUAGAGGAUCUGAUCAAUCCCAUCGGUGUGGCAGGAUCCAACCCCAACAAGGAGACCCCGUGUGUGGAGUUGGAGUUCCCCUCCUUUAAUCACACGGUGGUUUUUCCUGAUGAACAGCAGAUUGAGGAACACGCCAACUGGAUCAUCUCCCGAGAGCUGGGAUACAACUACUCCCUCAGCCUGAGUAAUCGGCUGGUGUGUGACAGCUCCAUCUCUCAGGCGGAGGCUGAACAACUUCGUGCUCUCUGCAACCGAGACCCGCUGUACGAGAUCUCAGAGCAGGAUAAAGACUUUCUGUGGAGACAUCGGCAUUAUUGUGUGAAUAUUCCAGAAAGUCUUCCCAAGCUGCUUCUCUCUGUCAAAUGGAACUCAAGGGAUGAGGUGUCACAGAUGUACUGUCUGCUUCGUGACUGGCCCCUCAUGCAGCCCGAGACGGCUCUGGAGCUGUUGGACUGUAACUUUCCCGACCCGAUGGUGAGAGAGUUCGCUCUGCGCUGCCUCAUGCAGGGACUCGGUGACGACAAGAUAAGCCAGUACCUUCUGCAGCUCGUCCAGGUGCUAAAGUAUGAGAUGUAUCUGGAUAAUCCUCUGGCUCGGUUCCUUGUCAAGAAAGCUCUGACCAAUCAGAGGAUCGGACACUUUUUUUUCUGGCAUCUGAAAUCCGAGAUGCACAAUAAGACGGUGUCCCGGCGGUUCGGGUUGCUGUUGGAGGCGUUCUGUAGGUCGUGUGGGAUUUACCUCAAACACCUGAACAGACAAGUGGAGGCCAUGGACAAGCUGGUGAACAUCACUGACACACUCAAACACGAGAAGAAGGACGAGACGCAGAAGACCCAGAUGAAGUUCCUGGUUGAACACAUGUCCCGCCCUGAUUACAUGGAGGCUCUGCAGGGAUUCGUCUCUCCUCUGAAUCCUGUUCACCAACUGGGCAAUCUCAGGCUGGAGGAGUGCAGGAUCAUGUCUUCAGCAAAGCGUCCUCUCUGGCUAAACUGGGAGAAUCCUGACAUCAUGAGUGAGCUUCUCUUCACCAACAACGAGAUUAUCUUCAAAAAUGGAGACGAUCUGAGGCAGGACAUGCUGACUCUGCAGAUCAUUAAGAUCAUGGAGAACAUCUGGCAGAAUCAGGGACUUGACCUGCGGAUGUUACCGUACGGGUGUCUGUCUAUCGGGGACUGUGUAGGUCUGAUCGAGGUGGUGAGGAACUCCUUUACUAUAAUGCAGAUUCAAUGUAAAGGAGGCCUGAAGGGGGCGCUGCAGUUCAACAGCAACACACUGCACCACUGGAUCAGAGAGAAGAACAAGGGGGAGACGUAUGACAGUGCGAUUGAUUUGUUCACUCGCUCGUGUGCUGGUUAUUGUGUUGCCACAUUCAUCCUCGGCAUUGGAGACAGACACAACAGCAACAUCAUGGUCAAAGAGAAUGGACAGCUGUUCCAUAUAGACUUUGGACAUUUUCUGGACCAUAAGAAAAAGAAGUUUGGUUAUAAGCGUGAGCGCGUCCCCUUCGUCCUCACACAGGACUUCCUCAUUGUCAUCAGCAAAGGAGUGCAGGAGUGUACCAAGACCAAGGAGUUUGAGAGGUUUCAGGAGAUGUGCUACAAAGCCUACCUGGCGAUCCGUCAGCACGCGGGUCUGUUCAUCAACCUGUUCUCGUUGUUGCUGGGCUGCGGGAUGCCCGAGCUGCAGAGCUUCGACGACAUCGCCUACCUGAGGAAGACCCUUGCUCUGGAGAAGAGCCAGCAGGAGGCGCUGGAGUACUUCACCAAGCAGAUGAACGACGCCCACCAUGGAGGCUGGACCACCAAGAUGGACUGGAUCUUCCAUACCAUCCGGCACAUGCCCAACGAGCACUGACACACACACACACACACACACACACACACAUAUUUCAGGACUGCUCUGGAGAUCUGCAGGAUCGUAAGGAAUCUCAGAAGAGCUAUGCAUGAGGUAAAAGAGUUUUGUGGGACUUAGAUAACAGUUUAAGCAUGAGAUGCACAUUAAUUACCCGUACAUACACACACACAUACACACACACGCACACACACGCCCUACCUUCCUGCACUAAUAUUAAUCGAGCACUGCACUAAGUAAGGCAUUAGACCAGUUUUUAGCAGAACUUGAUAUGCACAGUGAUGUAUGCACACACACACACACACACACACACACACCCACACAGCUGCACUACAGUAUGUAGGGACCAUAUAUCUAGUGUGAGUGUAAUCUGUGAGUUUAUCCUCUUUUUCUUGAUGAUGACCUGCGUUAGCUCUCCUCCAGUCCGCUCUGCACUACGAGUCCUCAGGGCUUCUCAAAGCUCAGGCGUCCAGGCCACAAAAUCUGCCCCCAGCACGGACGUCCCGUAAUGCACUGAAACCCUGAGACACCUGGUACGCUUGAGUAGCCCGGUCAUGAGGACCUGAUCGUCUUCCUCUGAGCUUUAAAGAGCUUUAAAACCAGCGUCACUGUGAAAGCCACUGACACUCUGAGCAGCUCAAAGCUCGCGCUUAACAAUCCAGCACAUCGCCCAGUCGCCUUGGUGAAGAAGCUUAAAGAUGGAAUUUCCUUGCAAAAGAUUCAUCAGACUUUUCCUUAAUAAAAUGAUCAGGUCAGAGUUCCUCUAACUUAUUGAUAAUUUAGCGAUAAAUUGUCGUCCUUAAACAGAAGCCUUGAAAUUGAAGUGUUUUCUAUUUACAAUCAAACUAAUUUCUAUAAUUAGUUUAUGAAUUUACACUGUUAAUUAACAUGACUUGACGUUAAUCAGCAUUUCACACCUGAACACUAGAGUUAACAUUAUUUAAAAUAAAUAAAUAAAUAAAUCAGUCUCAGUUGUGAAUUUGUAAUUAAAUUAUAAAUAAACUCAGGUGAUUGAAAAUACGUUUUACAAUCAGCCUUACUAAUGAAGCGAUUAUCUUUAGUACAGUUAAGAUUCAGCUUCACCCAGUUUAAUUCAUUAUAUCCUAAAAAGCUAAUUUAGGUUUUCUUUAUGAAUACGAACCUGUAAGGGAAUGUUACACCAAAUGUACAUCACUAACCAGCAUUGUGUACGAUCAUGGCGUAACCUACACGCGACCCAAGUUUACCACAGAAUUUAAAACAUUUCUAUCGUUCGUGUUAUUUUGUCUGACUCUUUUGAUUGACUGAUACCUAAGAAUUUUUCAAACUAAUCAAUAACAAUCAGGAAAUGUUUAGUAUGUGAAUUAAAGUUUCUUAAAAGAUUUCUGGUAAAUACAUUCCAGCAUAAACAUUAAUCAUAAGCACGCACGGAUUAGAGCUGAGGAGGAUUUAAGUAACGGUGCUAAGAGGUUAGAAUGCUAAAUGCUCCAGCAGGUUAGAAUGCUAAAUGUUGUUCUUCAAUGUAGAUACUUUAAGUAUUAUUUCAGUGUUGAUGUUGGCUAACAUCCCGUAGCAUGACCGGUCUGUAGUGUGAUGAGUCUGAACAGGUGAGCAUAAGUCUCGAGCAGAGUGCCGUCUCCGUGUCUCCAGUGUUUCAGAGCACGAGCUUAGUUUAGCGGUUUAUCUGUGUAGAGUUUUAGCUUCGACUGUUGACCGUAGGUUUUUGUUUAGUUGUGUCCGAAGAAGUCGACAAGGAGUCUCAGAAGUGUUCUUGCAUUGAAUUGUUUAUUUAUUGACCUCCGUAUCCGUGUGAUGUGUUGUUAUGAUUAUAGCUCAUGGUUACAGUGUGUAAUUCGUUCUGUUCUAAUCAACAGCGUCUACUCUUAACUGCACCCUGCCCCCCCCCAAAAGAAAGACAGUAAACCCAUUUCUUUUAUGUCUAAAGGUAAAAAACAAAAAACAAUGCAAAUAAUAAAAUAAAUAAAGGUCUGUUUAGUGUUUUAUAUUAAAAUCUUUUCCAAAUUCCAACUCGGUCCAUGUUAAAUGUUCCACAUCGCUAAUGUUAAUUUAAGAAUUAUGAUUAAAGAAAAUUCUAAAAAAAAAAA